UUCCUUCUUCCUUUCCAUUGACGUCGUUUCUUUCUCUGUGUCAUCGACGUGCGCGUUUGUUCUCAAGGAUCAAGGGGAAAUACAAAUAAGUUUGAAAUUAAAGAGCAAUCAAUUUAACAACAGUGUCCAAGAUGGUUGACCAAAUUGAAAUGGCUUUAGAUGAUAUUAUAAAAGCAAACAAAAAAGCACCUAGAGGUGGAGGUGCUGGACGUAAAUUCAAUGCUACCAGAAAACCUGGAGGCGGCCGUGGAGGUGCUGGUGCUGGAUUUAGAAAUGGCCGCACGGGAGGCGUUUUGCGCGGAAGAAAUCGUGGCGGUAUAUCUAAAUCAACAAAUUACACAAGGGGCGAUGUUAACAGCGCAUGGAAACAUGACAUGUUCAAUGACUUUGGUGAAAGGAAGCUUCAGAGAAAUGCCAUGCCAGCUAUCACGACUGGUCCUACCAAGUUGUUAGUAUCUAAUCUGGAUUUUGGAGUCUCCGAUUCAGAUAUUCAGGAGCUGUUUUCUGAAUUUGGCAUUCUGAAAAGUGCAGCUGUACAUUAUGAUAGAUCUGGAAGAUCUUUAGGUACUGCGGACGUGGUGUUUGACAGAAGAGCUGAUGCUUUGAAAGCAAUGAAGCAAUACAAUGGGGUGCCAUUAGAUGGAAGAGCAAUGAAUAUACAAUUAGCGACAUCUGAAAUCAGUAGCUUUAGGACUGAAGAUAGAGGAGGGCGCAUUGGAGGAGGAAACAGCGGCGGCAGUGGACCAGUUCGACGAAACAUUAGUAGAGGUGGAGCAAGCAGAAAUCAGGGAGGCGGCGGGUCACGCGGCAACACUCGCCGCGGCGGGCGCGGUGGCACUGGGGCAGGCCGCGGCAAGCGUCCUGUGCCCACCGCCGAACAGUUGGAUGCUGAACUAGAUGCCUAUGUUAAAGAAAUUAAGUGAAAGUUUGCAGCAAGUGUUGUGCAUGAGACACUAUAUUAUAAGUUUAGAUUAAUACAAAGAGACUCAAUAUUGACAGUGGAUAUUUUAUGACUUGAUACCUUAGCUGUGGUAAAACAAAAAAUAGCACAUGCUAAAAUAAAUUGUGGUUUUGAUUCAAUGUUAUGAUUUAAUAAACAUACGAUUUUGGUACAUA